UAUCUAACACAGGUUAGCGCACAUAUGGGCUUAUUCUCUGGCUUUGUCAGUAUAGCCAGCAUGACUUGGAUUUGUAUUGACCGUUACUACAGAAAGUUUAAGCCAGAAAAAGUUGGAGUGAACUAUUGCUUCUAUGUGAUAAUAGUGUGGGCUAUGAGCUUCUUAGCAGCAAGUGGUCCAGCAUUGGGGUUUGGGGCUUAUGAGAGCGCGGAGGAGAAUACUGUCAAGUGUUUGAUUGAUUUGGAAAAUACAGACAUGAACACGAUCAAAUAUUUUGUGGUUGUAGGAUUUCUAUUUUUCUUCUAUCCGAUUUUCAAAAUGAUUAAAUACAAUACGAAGUUUGCUUACAAAUCGGAAGAGGAAAAGGCGGUAAGCUACAAUAUACAUGUUUUUUGUAAAGACUGCUGGUUAUGCUUUAUUUUAUGAAGCAACGGGUGUGAA